GCGAAUAUCUGCGCUGCUCGACAUGAAAUGUGAUGAACGAUUAGAAGAAAAGCCUGCUAAUCAACUAAAAAGCGAAUCGAGGGCUGGUGAGCCAGAACAAGACUCGAAACGAAAGCCAGUGCCAUUCUUAGAGCUGUUUCGCUACGCUACCAAAUGGGACAAGUGCUACGUAGCCUUGGGAUUCACAUUGUCCAUAAUUACUGGAAUAUUAUUGCCUUUCACAUCAGUCGCCGAUGGUUUAUUUCCCAACAUCUAUCUUACAAAUAGCGACCAUAUUCGAAAUGUGGGUCUACUGAUUGAAGCUUUAUAUAUAUCAGCAGCAUUCUUGGCCUUGGGCACUCUUCUGUUUAUCUCGUGUUUUAUUCAGCAUUAUCUUUUCUCCACGGCUAGCCAAAAUAUGGUAAGAUGUAUCAGAAAAGAAUUUGUGAAGGCUGUUCUACGUCAAAACGCUGCUUGGUUUGAAAACAACAAUGCUGGAAUGAUCACAACCUUACUCUCUGAAAAUAUAACACAAAUAGAGGAUGGCGUGGGAGACAAGAUGGGCAUGCUCUCGAGAGGUAUAACAACAUUCCUCGCUAGUGCAGUCGUUGCUCUCGUUUACAACUGGCGAGUCACCCUCAUCACUGUUGGGGUUGGCCCAGUGUCGGCACUCACUAUGUUGUUUAUGGCUAAGAUAUCAACGUCGACAAUGAAUAAAAUGUUGGAAAUUACUGGUGAGGCAGGAAGUAUUGCUGAGGAAGCAAUCAUGAACGCAAAAACGGUAGCAGCAUGCAACGGGCAAAGUCACAUGGUCAAGAAAUACGAAUCAGAAAGGAAAAGGAAUCUACCUCAUUCUAUCAAAUACAAUUUUAUAUCCGGAUUUUUUGAAGGGCUUACUUACCUAGAAUUAUAUCUUUUCUAUACAGGCGGUUAUAUAUAUGGCGUCAUCAGCUAUUAUGAUGGAAUCACCACUAAUCCGGGAUCAAUUUUUAUCGCAACAGGAGCAGUUAUGCUGGGCUCGUACUUGUUCGGUUUACUUGGACCACAUCUGCUGGCCAUCACAAAAGCCAGAGUCGCAGCAGGUGCCAUCUACAAGAUAAUAGACGAAGGCAAGAAGAAUGAAGACGAUAAAGGAGUUGACAUGGAGGAAUGCGAGGGAUUCAUAGAGUUUAAGAACGUACACUUUAAAUAUCCAUCGAGAAAAUCGGAGAUACUUCGUGGAAUUAGCUGGCGCGCUGAACCUGGUGAGACUAUAGCAUUUGUUGGAAGAAGUGGAUGUGGAAAGAGUACCUCAAUAGCAAUCCUCACCAGAUUAUACGAUUGUAGUGACGGCUGCGUGUUUAUUGAUGGACGCGACAUUCUCUCAAUUAGACGAAACAGUUUAAGAAAAAUGAUUGGCAUUGUACAACAAGAACCAUGUCUCUUUAAUGGUACUAUUCGAGAGAAUAUUGAGCUUGGAAGAUCUAUCGGCGACAAGGAUAUUGAAGAAGCAGCGCGCAUUGCAAAUGCCCAUGACUUUAUAAUGAAACUGGAAAAGGGUUACGACACGGUGAUUGGUGCAGGAAGCAUAGCAUUAUCUGGUGGGCAAAAACAACGUUUAGCAAUCGCAAGAGCCUUAGCAACUAAGCCAAAGAUUCUCUUGCUUGAUGAAGCCACUAGCGCUUUGGAUACAGAGAGCGAAAAAAUAGUACAGCAAGCAUUGAAUAGGGCAGCACAUGGAAGAACUACAAUAGUAAUUGCUCAUCGUCUCAGCACUUUGAAGGACGUAAAGAGGAUCCACGUAAUUGAUGAAGGAAAAGUUAUAGAAUAUGGAACUCAUUUUGAGUUGUUAGAAAGGAAUGGCCUCUACAGCAAGCUUGCAAGAGCUCAAGAAGUACAAAAUGACGCGACCAGACGAAGAAAGUUUAGUGACAUCGGUGGAAAGCUGGGACGAGAUUCUUCUCUUACACGACGAGAGAGAAGAGCAAUCAGGCUCUCACGUCUUUCUUUCGACUCGCUCUCUGUACCUCAGACAAUAAUUAAACCAGAAAAGGAAGAGGAGGAAAAUGAUAGCAAAGGAGGCUUGCUGAGAGUAUAUGCAUCAAGUCUUCGGUCGCUACCUGUAUUUUGGAUCUCGCUGAUUACCGGAAUUCUAAGAGGAAUGGAAAUGCCGCUUAGUUCGUACUUUUACGGUUUUGCUUACACAGCCUUGGAUAAAUCGAAGGAUGCAUAUGGUACAGAUAUGUGGAUUGCCGCCUCUGUAUUCAUUGCCCUUGGAGUGUAUUCUUUGAUUUUUCUAAGCGCCUCUGUAGCUUUUGGAGGAUGGACAGGAGAAGUGGUUACAACAGAUAUGUGCGUUGCGGUAAUAAGAAGCCUUUUGAGUCAAGAUGCAGAUUUUUUCGAUGUACCAGAAAGGAGCAACGCUGCUUGUGUCGCUGAACUUACAUCUAAAGCUGUAGAUGUUCAAGCCUGUCUGGAUUAUCGCUUUAUGCUCAUGUUGAACAAUCUCGUUGCACUCAUAGCCUCUGUGAUACUCACUUUUGUGGCUUGUUGGCCCAGUGGGAUUGCAAAUCUUGUAAUGAUUGUGGUAUUCACUAUCGCAUUGUGGGUUGCCGCCAAUAUUGUGUCAACAAAUAUAGCAAGGAAAUCGGAAUUAGACAAGAGCAUAGAGCUUUCUAUUGAAGUUUUUGAACAUGCGCAAACGAUCCAGUUACUGUGUGCAGAAGAUUAUUUUGUAAGGAAAUUUGAAAACUGUCAAAACGCCGUGAAAAAGCAAGAAAAGCGGACAGCCACAUUCAAAGCGCUACAAUUUGCCCUUACUCAAAGCUUUGUGUACUUCUUAUGCGUGACUACCUAUGGAUUCGCUGCAUUUAUGAUAUAUUUAGGACAUAUUAAAGCUGUGAAUGCCGUGGUGGCUACGGCGAGUGCAACUUCGGCAGGCUGGGCUGUUAUAAUGGCAUCUGAAGCAUUUGGAGAUUUUGCGCGAUCGCAUGUUGCGGCAAAAGCUCUAUACUCACUUGGCGAUUGCUACAAGAUGGAUGAUGAAGAUUCAAAGCAGGAGAUUGAAGGAUCAGCCAAACUUGAAAAAGUAAACUUCUGCUAUCCGUCGCGACCGGAUGUCAAAGUGGCUCGAAACCUGAACCUAUUCGCUCGCAAAGGACAAACUAUUGCUUUGGUUGGAGCAUCGGGCUGCGGCAAGAGCACAAUCGUCCAACUUCUCGAACGAUUUUAUGCACCAGACAGCGGAGUUAUAAAAAUUGAUGACUACAACAUAGAGAGAAUCUGUCGCGCUCAUCUAAGAAACAAUAUUGGUUUGGUUGGACAAGAACCUAUACUCUUCAAAGGCACAAUCACCGAAAAUAUUACGUUAGGAAUGAACAAUGUUACACUGGAGGAAGUGCGGGAAGCAUGCAAGCAAGCGAAUGCAGCAACCUUUAUCGAAGCUUUCCCUUUGGGAUACGACACAGACGUUGGAGAAAACGGAGGCAACUUGUCUGGGGGUCAAAAGCAGCGAAUAGCUAUAGCUAGAGCGCUGAUACGUAAACCGAAGUUUUUGUUGCUUGACGAGGCUACUAGUGCACUUGACACAGAAAGCGAGAAGAUUAUACAGUCUGCGCUUGAUGAAGUUAGCCAAGGUCGAACGACUAUUGCAAUAGCUCAUAGGUUAAGUACGAUCAAAAAUGCAGACAGAAUCUAUUAUAUUGAAAAUGGUGCAGUUGUUGAAUAUGGAACGCACGAAGAACUGAUUGAAGCCGAUGGAAAAUACGCAGCUCUUGUAAAAGCUCAAACGCUUGCCAAGAAUGACUAGUACCACGCAUUGGUCAACUUUCUUGGCCAUAAAAUUUGUUUGCUUGACCUUCGCUGUCAACGAAUAACCUGAGUAACCUUUUGUUAAUGCAUAUCUCUCCUUCGAAGAACUUCUCUGCUGAUGACGAGUGCUACUUUGUUAUCUCAGUGUUUGUCUUUUUCCAUUAUUGAUAUACUUAGUAAUCCAUUCGUUUCUGUCAUUGACAAUUUUAGCAGGAGUUGUUCAAGAUGUAAGUUUCUCAACGCGGUGUUUGUUGUCCAUCAUAUACGUAUAAACAUUAAAACUAUGUACAUAACUUCAGAAAGUUACUAUUUGC